UCAUCCAUUGGUGACUGAGCAACCCGCUAAAAACAUAUCAAAUUUCGUAAUUGUAUUUCUUGAAUUGUUCUUUAAUCUUAGGUGUGUAGUGAAAUAAUUACUGCGUCCUAUAUGCAGUUGGCAAGCCAGUAUAUCAUCGCUUCACGGAUCGACAGCAUGGGUGUUGGAUGCGGGAUCCCAAUCCAGCCACUCCGAAAGAUGAACAAAAAUACUGGGUCACCACCGAGGAUAAGCCUAAUGUACUUUACGAAUUUGAUAAUAAGACCAUGUAUAGGAGAGAUGCAUUCACUAAAAAAUACUACCUGGAUCAUCCAUUUGAUGGAAACGCACACGUAAUAUUUAAUGGAUAUUUCUUUUACAACGUUAAAGACACCAGGCGGAUAAUAAAGUAUCAUCUACAAAACGAAAGCACUAUAUCCCUAGAUUUGCCUGGUAUCACGAACCAAACGACCAAACUCUAUUCUGGACAAAACAAUACUGUAGAUUUCAACGUAGAUGACAAUGGAUUAUGGUUGAUAUUUGCUGUUCCGAAUUCGAACAAUACAGCUGUUAUGAAGGUUAACACUGAGACCAUGAAAGCCCAAUAUGUAUGGAAUAUUAGUUUAGAGCACCAGAAAGUUGGUGAGAUGUUCAUAGUAUGCGGAGUUCUUUAUGCUGUAGACAGUGUAACUGAAAGAAAUACAAAAAUCAGAUUUGCAUAUGACUUGUACAAGAAUAACCUCCUCGAUGUGAACCUGGCAUUCACCAAUCCAUUCAGGAAAACAACAAUGUUGGGAUACAAUCCCAGGAGCCAGGAUUUAUAUUCCUGGGAUAAAGGCAACCAACUGACUUAUCCUGUAAGAUACCACGAUAUUGGAUACAAUGCUACAAACAAGGAUGAAAAAAGUGAACUGCUAGAAGGGGCACGAUAAUAUUCUGCGUUGAUAAGGAAGAUUAUCAAUACUAUUCAAAGUGUCCUUUUUUACUGAUAUAUGCAAAUAUGAUUAAAUGUAUGGUACUGAAAUAUUUAUAGGAUGGGUACUGUCUUCGAAUGAUAUUUGACUCUGAAACGUUUGAUUUGCGAUUAAUUUUUUGUUAUACUUUGAUAAAAUGAAAAACCUUGUGACUACCGAUGACUAAAUAUAUAUAUAAGGUUAGAUCAAUAGGUAAGUUCUUCCUAUAUUACUUACAAACAGCUUAGGAUGGACCAAUAACUCAAAAGUUUCACACUUGCAGAAUGUAGGUGACCUCUCCAUAUGUACCUGUAAUUUAUUCCAAUAAAUAUUAUACGAUCUUGUCUUCAAA